CACUUGAACUAAAAUUAUAUAUUGUUUAUUUGGCAUAACUUAAAACGUCUGAGACGAGUGAAAAAUGUUCUACUUCUCAGACAAUAUUAGUCGGAACCAAUUCAUGCUUCAGCAUUGAAUUCACUUCACGAAUCGCGGACCAGCCAGCCACGUUCACCAUGUGGACGUACAACGUCAACGUCUUUCUAUUCUACAUCGCCUACGUCGUUACGGGGCCCAUAACCAAGCACGUCGGGGAGAGGAGGGUGGCUCUCGUCUGCUCCACCGUUGCAUCUUUUUCAUAUAUUUUGCUAGCGUUCAGCACCUCUGCAGUGGCGUUGUUUUUCCUCUUCGGGAUUGUGUUUGGUUUAUCUUCAGGCAUGACCCACUCAGUGAGUUUUGUCAUCCUGCCGCAAUACUUCGAGAAGCACCGCGGUCUCGUAAUUUGCUUGAAUGUGGCCACCGUGGGUUUCAGUCUAGUGGCGAACCCGCAAAUUAUAAGGGCCCUGCAAGUAGCCUUCGGAGCCUCAGGAGCAAUACUUGUGCAUGCGGGACUCAUUUUAAACACGGUCGUGACAAGUGCACUUUUCCAGCCAGUCAAGCGGCAUCAGCGAGUAUGUGAAGCGACCGAAGAUGUACCUAAAAACACGAUUGUACCAGAGGAUAUGAAGAAUUUACCUCGCUUCGAAACAAUAGAUGAAAAAGAAAACACUCAAAUUAAUGAGGAAAAUCCUGACAAAUCACUGAACGUGAAGCAUAUCGCAAAGGAAGUCAACAGGUGCUUCGAGUCCUGUAAAUUAUUUGGAGUGUUAAUCAACGGUUUUGCUUUUGCAGUAUUUCUCGUGGGUUUUUCAAACUUUGCGGUAUUGGUGCCACUAAUGAUGAAAUCUAGUGGUUACAAUGCCACGAACGCUGCCCUGGCAGUUUCCUGUGGCUCUCUCCUCAACUUCCUUGGCCGACUGUCGAUGGCUCCUCUGGCCGACCGUCCUUGGUUCUCCAACAAGCAUGCGUAUAUGAGCGGUUCAGUUAUAGCAGCGAUCGGCUCUCUAGGUUCGUCCAUGAGAAUUUUACUUAAAAAACUUAGAAAUAAUUCAAAACAUUUUUGCGUGUGUGUCAUUGUCAACUCAUUGGACAUUUCCCCUUUCUUGCUGUGGGACCUGAGACUGCUGCUGGUGAGCUUAGUCGUGUGGGGGACGGGGGUGGGCGUGUCCAUGGGGCUGUGGAUGGUCUUAGUCAUAGAGACUGUCGGCAUCGAGGGCUACAUCCCCGCCAUUGGGGCGUGUGGCCUCAUUGCUGCUUUGGUCACGGUCACGCUGGGCCCUCUAACGGGAGUGGUGCGAGACUUGAGUUCGUCCUACAUGCUGAGUGUGAUGCUGUGCUCUGCACUGCAGCUAACGGCUGCUGUCAUGUGGCUCUUCAUGCCUUGCGCCACCAGACGAGACUUGCGUGUGAAAGACAAGUUGCAGCUUCCAGACGCUGCACGAUCAUAAAAUGAGACUUUGGGGACAUUUUUAGAUAAAUAAAUGCACUUAUACAGAACAUGAAUGUCACUCAAGUUAUGAUCGCAAGAGUAUGAGGAUGGCAUCACUUGGCUUCAUGAAUUGUCGAUUCGUACAUUAAUUGGUGUGUAUAUGCCUCUUAUGAAGCCACUAUUAGUUAGAACGAUGAAUACAUUGCUUUAAAUUAAUGACCGUCUUGUGUUAGUACACAUUGUGAUAAAUAUCAUCGUGCCAUGUUUGAGUAUGCCCAACUUAUGUUAUCAAAUGCACUUGAAUGCUGGUCGACCAAAAAAGGGAUGAAAUUAGGCGUUUAGUGACUGGCGAAGGUGCAAAAUAAAUUUAAAAGUGCACUCUAAAUGUAACGUUCGAGUUCUGUCAAUUUACUUUACAGGCUUCAUUACACUGAGAUUAUAAACAAACGUAUGAUGCAAUCUACUGAAAAUGUUCACAAACUGUCCGUGGACUUUAUAAUUCAUGAAUCGAACUAAUUAGUUGUUCUCGAUGAAAAUUUCCAUUUACUUUACUUUAUAAUUCUUGGAUCUAGGCAGAGAUGGGCAGUAG